UUGGUAGCCAAGAAAUGGCCCCCAAAGUGGCGUAACAACAGCAAGAUAAGAUGUUUCUUGCAUGAUGCAAGUGAUUUCUCGAGUUUCCUUCGUCUGAAUCUAAAUGUGGCUAUCCUCAUCCUUCGAUUAAACGCAAUGUUUGAACCUGUUCCGUCCUUAUCACUCACUACGACAAGACCCACCAUACAGCCGCGAUGGCAAUCCGAUGGCAGUUCCAAGAUGCAUAUACCGCUUACUACCUUGGGCGAUAACGACAAGCUCCCUUCAAGCAGCUCACACGAAUUACCAUACACCCAUAAGAAGAAGCAGUCAAUAUUUGGGCGACUCGGGCGUGCUGCAAAGAGAUACCUAGGGCCUCGUUUCUCUGGGUGGCGUUUUAGUGUACUGAGCUUCGCAGUUUGGGCUUCAAUCGUCCUUCUCAUAAACAUCGCUGCCACGAUAGCAGGUUUCACUGUCCCAUCUGACGAGAAGGGGGUAUUCUUUGAAGGGGAUUGCGUCUACGUCAAGCGCUUGAAUACUGGGCUCCAUCUCGCCAUCAACAUUCUUAGUACUAUCAUCUUGGCUGGAAGUAAUUAUACAAUGCAGUGCUUAUCAGCACCAACACGAAGCGAAAUUGACGCUGCUCACAACCGCAAGCCUGCCGUACAUCUCGAUGUUGGUAUACUGAGCAUACGCAAUCUCAGCUAUAUCAGCGGACGGAGAACUUUCCUGUGGCUCCUGCUGGGGCUUUCAUCUCUACCACUACAUCUCGUUUACAACUCUGCCGUAUAUGGAUCGAUAUCUACGAAUAGUUACUAUGUAUUCUCUGUAGACGAAACAUUUGUCACUGAUGAGCAGUGCACACACUGUUCAAAUCCCUUACCGACCCCAGUCGCAAGAACCUUGAGACAACCUACAAACGAUUACGAUACCAGCGAAGUGACAUCCACACUCAUCAAUCUCUGGAGCAAAGCAAAUGCGCACAGCCUUGAAGAGCUCACGCCUUCCCGAUGCAUCGAGGAGUAUGCCACUAGUAUACAGUCCAAUCGAAGAAAUCUACUCCUCGUCUCCGACGAUGACAGACUACCCUCGCCAACGAAUCACUACUUCAUGAAUGGCUCUCACGUAUAUUGGGCUGACAAAUUCGAGAUACAAGAUUGGUUUAUUUCUUCAAAACGGAGCCUCAAAUUCGAAUGGAUGUGCCAAAACCUGAACGACAAAAGCCCACCAUGCUCAGAUAUGGUCGAAAAUAUUAGGAACAAUCUUGAGAACGAACCGUGGAAGGUUGGACAAAUCUGCUACAACGACGACCAAAACUGCAGUUCCUCAGAUGCGCCAGUGAAACGCUGUCUGAGUGAGCCAGCUGAACCACGUUGCAAAAUUCACUUUGAACCCGGUAUUGCGAUUGUGGUCAUUGUUUUAAAUCUUUUCAAAGCUGGUCUUAUGUUUUACAUCGCCUUUCGUGUCAAUGAUGAGCCGCUCAUGGCGAUGGGAGACGCAGUCGCCUCUUUUCUCGAUAAAGAGGAUGUCGAGACCAAAAACAUGUGUUUGUCUUCAAUGGCAGACUUCAGGAACGGCAAAGGCUACAAAGUAGGGCCGCGACAGUAUAGUGGUGGUGCAUACCGUUGGAAAGAUGUCACCAGCAAAUUGAGAAGAUGCAUCACUUUGACAAUGUUUUUACUGGCUUUAGCUGUCGUUAGCCAUCUACUCAAGCUGGGAAUUGACAACCUACCAGCCGGAGCAACACUCAAAGAGUUCACAUUUGGCGCUGUUGACCCUCGCGCAACUGUCAAUUAUCGGUCAACAGAUUUGAUCAGUAACGUUCUUACCGCCAACACCCCCCAAAUCAUUCUUUCACUCCUUUAUUACGCCUACAAUUCCCUCUUUACCGCAAUGCUAAUGGGCUAUGAAUGGGUCACUUAUUCACAACACCGCAAAGGUCUUCGCGUAACUCGUCAACCUUCCGGUGCUCAACGAUCCACGUACUUCCUUCAACUGCCAUAUCGCUUCGGGAUUCCCCUCAUGGUACUUAGUGUCACGCUUCACUGGCUGGUUUCGCAAAGCAUAUUCUUGGUAGCCAUCGAAUUAUACGAUGUCAAUGGCGACCUGGGAGUCGGAUCCAGUUCACGACGCGAUCUCAAGACUUUGGGUUACUCGCCGCUGGCUAUUAUCGCCGUGUUAGUUCUAGGCGGAGUGAUGAUUAUUAGUAUGGUUGCGUUUGGGUACAUACCAUACAAGCGUGGUAUGCCGCUUGCAGGGACCUGUAGUUUGGCUAUCAGCGCAGCCUGUCAUCCGACAGAACAAGUUGAGGGUGACGAAAGCAUUGCCGAGAAGAUGUUGCAGUGGGGUGUAGUCAGUAUUGGCGAUGAUGAAAUAGGCCAUUGCGCCUUUUCGGCAGAUGAGGUGGGAGCAGUAGUGAAGGGGAAGCUUUACGGCGGGAUCACUGCAUAG